AACACAUUGGUGUCUUUAACAAACAUGAUGCAAUACUUAACCAAACCAGAGUCAUUUUACAGGUAUCUAUUUGACUGUUUUUAACAUUUAUCUCUCCUGUUAUAAAUGAAAAAAGCUUAUGAUUUUACACAGAUUUACUGAGUCAUGCAUUAUUUUUGUACAAUUAAGUUAUAAUAAUAUAUUUUUUAUUCCUAGAACAAUUGCCCAGUUAUUUUCCACUAUUGAACGAAGAGAGUCUCGAGUGUUGCUGUGCAAGCUGUUCAAAGUUAUUUGUGAAAAUAAUGAGAAAUAUAAGACAGUAUCAAGUCUCGUAGAAAAGGUUAGUUAGAAGAAAUAUUAUAUUAAAACAUUAUGUUAUGUUAUAAUUUAUAUAAAAAAUGUAAGUAUCAGUUAGCAAACUUAACUCUGCUUUAAUCCCCUUUGUGUUAAGUGAUAUGUAUAUAAAUAUUCUACUAAGCAGAAUCUAAACGUAAUUUCAUAAUAUAUUGCAAAAUUAUAUAUUUACACAAAGAACAGGUUAUAUAAAAUGAUAGUUAUAUUUGUCAGGAUAUAUUUAUGUACCACCACUGCCAUAUUGUCAUGUUUCUCUCUUUAAAAAUAGAUGUAUGUUUUUUAAAUUAUUACUUGAAAUAGUUUUCUGCACAAUAAUUUGAUUUUUUUUAAAAUGUAUUGAUUUGAAAAAUAAAAAACAAUAAACCUGAUUUAUAAAUUUCAGUUGAAUUCCUGGGACAGGCGUAAGGCCGAAGAGCCUGAUUACCUGACCAGACUUGAGGCUUUUAGUCAGAUAAACUCUAUGAUUUCUGGGGCAGAUGAGCCUGAUGUCGACAUCCUGCUACCAGUUGUAUACAACUGUUGUCAUUUUAUCUAUGCUGUAAGGGCUUUUAAUGGCUAAAUUUAGUUAUAGAAUUGUUAUGUCCUAUAGCAUUAUAAACAUUUUAUUCGUGAACAAAUGUAGAAAGUUCUCUAUUUAUGGAAAAAAUAAAGAAAGAAAUCAACAUUUGUAAUUUUAUUGUGAUGUGGUAAACUGAAAUAACUACUAUUUGUUGAUCUCACUUAAUUUAAAUUCAAUUAGAUCCUCUUCUUUAAAAAAAAUGUUUCUGAUUUAAGAAGAACUUUUUAAGAAUCUCUUAAGAAGAGAUUAUAUCAACUAAUCAAAUUAUUAUUUUACUCAAUCAGAUUGAUGAUUUAUCUAUCAGAGAUAAUUCCACCCAUUGCCUGCUCACCAUAAUAACAAAACUGGCUUCUUCAACUUCUCAAAAUGCCAGCAAAGUUUUUAAUGUGGUCCUAGAGAAAACACUGGUGCCUCAGGUCAAACUCGGAAUCAGAAGCAAAUCAGAGGUUCGUAUAUCUUGCUGCUCAGGGUCAAGUUUGGGUUGAGUUGAUCAGGGAUCUAUCAAAGUUCAUUAAAUACAAAGCCUUUGUCCGGCCGCUUUUAGAGUACGCAUCUACAGUCUGGGACCCAUUUACCCAGAAAAGCAUCGACAGGUUGGAGGCAGUCCAGCGAUGGGCAGCACGCUUUGUCCUGAACCGCUACAGAAACACCUCAUUUGUUGACAGCAUACUAGAAACACUGGGCUGGUCACCACUGGAAGAACGACGACAACUAUCCGGGCUCACCAUGUUGUAUAAGAUCAAAAUGGGCUGGUCCACUGCUUCAGCAUCAAACAGAAACUCGUCCAUCUCGCCCUAAGACAGCGACGAGGCCACGGCAGGCAGUUCCGGCUAAUAAAAACAAUAACUCAGUACAGGAGCUUCUCAUUCCUGCCAAAGACAAUAAGGGACUGAAACAAGCUUCCAAUAGUAACAGUUGAAGUCACUACACUCGACAUAUUUGUGUCUAUUACCUCCUGUCUUUCAACCCCCCCUUCAUAAAACCACUGCUGAGUAGCCCUUGCAAGUAUCUCCUUGAAAACCAUGCAGUUACAUCAGGAACCCCUCUGAAACAUAAGAGCCAGAAUGAUCAAUUCAUUGAUCGUGGGCCCUCAAAAUAUAGAAGAAGAAAUACAAAGGAACCCCGAAUUAGGAACACCCUAGUUAACGAACAAGUUUUGUGCACAACUUACACUUUUUAAUGAAUUAUACUUUUGGUUAUGAUCAUACUUAUCACCAAGCAAUGCAAUAUCUUGAAAUAGGCAAUCUUUAAAAUUUAAAAAGCAAAAAGGGUGAUUGAUGUGGCUUAAAAAACCUGAGUCAGAGUUGCCAAGUGUUUUAAAGAAGGGGAUUCCCCUUCAAAGCAAUAGUUUCUCCCUCUCCUAUGCCAUCCACCUCCGCCAGCAACUAUUAACAAACAAGAAAUGGCACAGCACUCAUACUUGUUUAUUUAUUUUAGUGUUAUAUACCUAUAAUUAAGGAUAUUUUAUUUUCAUUCUAUAUUUUUCAAUACAGCAAAGCAGUUAAAAUGUAUAAAAUAACAUACAUCUUAGGGUGAAAGUGAUUAAUUGAAUUUACAUCGAUUCCAAGGGAAAAAUAAUUUUGAUUAAACAUUUGGUAUAAGAGCGGUGUCACUGAAAAUUAAGCUUAUUAUCCAAAAUUCCACUGUAUUUAGAAGAAUGUAGUAUAGUAAAACUAUUAGCAUUUAUGUUUAGGGCCUUUGUGUUUUUUUUCUUCUAGAUCUGAUGCUGUUGAUUUAAAUUUUAACAAUUUAUUAGUAAUUUCAAUUAACAAAAUAUUUGUAUGAACAGAAAUUAAAUCUUUUUUUUAAAAAGUAUAACGUCUCUUUACCAUAACAUUGUAAAUAUAUUUUAGUUUCAUAGUUAAUCUUAAUUUUGACUUUUUAUGGAAAAUUAAUUAAUUUCUUCCAUCAUCAAAAAAAAAAUUGCAUUAUAUUCUGAUUUCAGCAAACAAAACUAAUAAAAGAAUUGUGGACAAAUAGGCCUAACUGUGUUUAUCUUGAAAUAUUUUCUUUUUCAUUACCAGGUUGUCCGCCAUGAAUUUCUUGCAGUUUUACAAAGUCUUGUCAACAAUUGCCCUAACCACAACAUGUUUACAGGCCUUAAAGAUCUCUGUGAUAAAGAUCCAGAAGCAGACUUUUUUGAGAACAUAAGACACAUCCAGGUGAGAAUGCUUGUCUCUUUUCUGUUCGUACACCUGAAUAAUUUAUAGAAUUUUCGAAACUUGUUUGAAAAGCUUGAAUAUUUUGAUUUUUUCAAAUACACAGUUUGUUACAUUUGAUGGUUUAUUAUGUUAAAACAGAAUUUUACUUAGUGCCUUAUUUUUCCUAAGACUGCCCCUUAAAUAAAACUUGAGCAAGCUAUUAUUGCUUCUGGUAAGCAUCCAUAGUGAACCUUUUUAUCUAACAUGGGAGGGAUGGUGAGUGGGACUGAUGGAUAUUUUGUAUUUUUUGGCUUUGAACUCAACAUCAGCAAGAUUAUCCCAGCCUCAUUUUUUCAGGGAUAAAUUUUGUUGUUGUUUUACAAUACCAUUUUUACUCACAUAAAAUGAAAAUAUUUGCAGAUUCACAAGCGAUCAAGGGCACUACGUAGAUUAUUUAAGCAUCUUAAAGAUCACCAAUUCCGCACAGAGAUUCUCAUGUCCUACUUCAAUCCACUGGUGCAUGCCUUUGUUUUGGACAGCUCUUAUUCCAGCCAUGCUAAUCUACAAGAUGCAGCCAUUGACUUACUUGGCGCUAUUUGCAAACAGUUGCCGUGGCAAUAUUAUUUGCAGCUCCUAAGGUUUUAUUUGAAAUUAUUACCCAAAAAAGUUGAGCUUCAGAAGCAAAUUGUAAGGUAUGUUAAAAGAUGA